CCCCACCAUAACGAGGCUUUUCCUCGUAUUGUCGAUGACGUUAGUGGCUUGGUUGGUCGGUUGUGCGGGGCAGCAGGUUGUUGUCUGACGGAGUGUAGUAGAUCUUAAGUGGUUUUGCGUUUAUCAAGCUGGAGGGAACGGCCUGUUGGCAGUUGUUGGAACUAGGGAAGAAAAACGUGACUUAUCGUUAAAGAUAACUCACAGGAUUUACUGGAGCCGUGAAUCUCUAAGGAGAACGACACCGGUUGGGCAACCCACUGCAAACUAUAGGGCCACGAGAAGAUCCAACUCUGAAGUCCUUAGUUGUGAAGAAUGAUCCGAAAUCCUGCGGCGGGGAGCAGUCGAUCCCUUCAUAGCGGUGCGGUGGAGGUGAAGAGUAAGUUUGGAGCAGAGUUCAGACGUUUUUCUUUGGAUCGUUUAAAACCUGGAAAAUUUCAGGAGUUUUAUGGACUGUUACAGCAUGUGCACAGGAUACCCAAUGUUGAGGUACUUGUAGGCUAUGCAGACAUUCAUGGUGACUUGUUACCUAUAAACAAUGAUGAUAACUACCAUAAAGCAAUCACGACUGCUAAUCCCCUUCUGAGGAUUUUUAUACAGAGGCAAGAGGAAGCAGAUUAUAGUGCAUUUGGUACAGACACUUUGACUCGAAAGAAGAAUACACUUGCAAAUGUGCUACGUGUAGAAAACAACAAGAAGAAACCUCAAUUAGUAAUCAGCUUACCACGAGAUUUCAGACCUGUGUCUUCAAUUAUUGAUGUAGAUAUCCUGCCAGAAACUCAUCGUAGAGUCAGGCUGUACAAACAUGGAUCUGAAAAACCUCUAGGGUUCUACAUCCGUGAUGGCUCCAGUGUCCGAGUAACACAACAUGGUCUAGAGAGGGUACCAGGAAUUUUCAUUUCUCGACUUGUUCCUGGGGGUUUGGCUGAAAGCACAGGUUUGUUGGCUGUUAACGAUGAAGUCUUGGAAGUGAAUGGCAUAGAGGUUACUGGGAAGAGCCUUGAUCAAGUUACAGAUAUGAUGAUUGCAAAUAGUCAUAACCUUAUUAUAACUGUGAAACCAGCUAACCAGAGGAAUAAUGUUGUUCGUAACAGUCGGGCAUCAGGUAGCUCAUGCCAGUCAACUGAUAGUAGCUCUAGUCUCCAUGAUUACAUGGCUACAGCACAUAUUGUUCAAAAUUUCCACAUUGAUGAGGUUGAGAGUGAAGAUGAGGAUAUUAUCAUUGAGGGUAGUGGAGAACCCCAACAGAUUCCAAAGGCAACUUCUGAGGAUGAUGCAAGUUUGGCUUCACUAACAAAUUCUGAUCCUCAUCAUGGAUCAACGCAAUCAACGCAAAAUGGUAUUGUUUCCUCAGAUACUGAAAAGGAACAAAUCAGACAAGAUCUAGAAACAGACAAUGAAAGAAGCAGACAUUUUAACAGAAAAAGUAUAGAGGAAGAAGGCACUGUAAUAACACUAUAGUAGGAUCAUUCACCUUCAGGUACUUUAAGGUGCCAUAAUGAAAGUGAUUUUAAUUUUGUCUUCAUGUUCCAUAGACUGACUUUGUAGCGGUACUGUAAUUGUAUAUCGGAUCACUACUGGAUGUAGAUGGAUCUUUUUCAACAAUUGAAAGUCUACUGUGAAGAAGCUUUAUUGAACACUUUAUAGAUUGCACUUUUCUGGAAUCAGAUAUAUAAAGAUUGUGGUACAUUCGAGCAUGUAUUUUACACCACCUAUGUAUCUGUUAGGACUAAUAAUCUGUGAAAAUGGCACAAGCAGUUGCACAUUAUUUGAUUUUUACAUUCCUCUCUACAUAUCAUAUUUUUCAUACUUUGAGAAAUCAUUUUAACAUUAUCUUAGCAUGGUAAAGUACAUGUUUAACUGACAUCUCUGAAAGCAUGAAAAAUUGGUCUUUUAUUUCCAAUAUUUUUUUAAACUUACUUGUCCUUACUAAUGAGCAAUGAUAUGUACACUAAACACUUUUACCCUGUAUCAUUACUGCCAUUGUAAGCUGCCCUGCAUGCUUGAGGUUUUAGAAUAGGAUGUUGUUGCUGACUUGCUCAGACUCCCCAAGAAUAUGAGAGCAUUGAUGACGGCUUUUAAAUUAAUAUGAUGGGAAUAGAAAGCACUCAUAUUAAAAUGAAAAGCUUUCCUUGAAGUUUA